GUUCCGCAGCCUGAUCCCUCCUGAGGUUGCUGCUGAGUGUGUGUGUGCAUCUGCCUUCGGCUCACUGACAGAGACAGCUGGAACCCUGCGUGCAUGUGCCUGACUCUCUGCAUUCCUGAAAGAUUGACUUUGACCAUUUCUUAAAGUGCGGGGUUUCUGCUCUUGCCCCCUCCUUGGGGACCCCGUGUGUUGCCUCGCGAUCCCGGUCAUGAACUGGCGCUGGGAAUGGCUGCUGUCCGUGGCGGUUCUCGUCGAGCUGUUGGGGGCCGAGGGGUCGCAGUUCAAAGCUGCCCGCCUGCAUCGCUGGUCCACAGCCAGCCUGGGCUACCUCAAAUCCAGCCUGUGUCAUCGGGUCUCCUUUCUGUCAGACUCUGAGUGCAAGCGACUGGCGGAGAUCCCGCAGACAGCCGUGGCGGUCUAUGCAGCAGAGCCCCGGGCGGGGGAGAAGCUGCUGACCAUCCUACCAGACUCUGGCCUCAGCUUGGGAUCUCCCCAUGACGCGGUCAUCACCCUGGACCCCAGCCCGGAGCUCAGCUUUGGCCACCCGGUCACCGUCUUCUACGUCGACUUCAAUGUGAACGAGCGGCGAUGUGGAAUCCGGGAGGGACUGUAUUUAGGUAACUACGAGUGCAUGACCCUGGCCCUGAAGAGCCGCUGUGAGAACCUGUUGAAGAGGAGGACCAGCCGUAAUGAGCGACACAAUGCCAAAGAUCGAGCAAAGAACAGGCUAAAGGCCCAGGCUGCCAGGAGCAGUCUGAAGAGAGAGGUCCGCAACGCCGGGAGUCAGUCCCGGAGAGAGGAGCGGCUUGUGGGACUGUGUGAGAUACAUUUCAUACCCCUGGUGGUAGGCCAGAAGGAUGUGCACAAAGAGCAGAGACUCCGCUGUGUAGAACAGAAGGGUUUUGCCGCCUGUCCUCGGCCUCUGAGCAUCACCAGCCCCAAUCCUGCCGCCGCCGACUGUGAGUUAAACAAAAACACACGCCGGUGUCAUCGGCAACAAUUGUCUUCACAGAAAUCCUGUCGCAUGUACCAGACAUGUGACCACGGAGUGCUGCUCUCCGGAGGGUGGAAGGAGCACCUCACAUACCAGCGGCACGUGUACAAUGUGUUACACUUUUACCGAAUGCUGCGGAGGAAUGGAUUCCGGACAGAGAACAUCAAAACGUUCUUUGCAGGAGAUGGACAGAUCCCAGUGGAUGAGGAGACUGAGGACAUCUACCCGGCCACAGAGAAGGUGAUGAUCCGCAGCUACAUCUCCUAUAUCUGUCGUGCUGUCAACUGCGCUGAUUCUCUGGUUCUGUAUCUUAACAGCCCCACAAGAAAUGAUGGGACCAUGUUGCUCUGGGACGUUAAUAAAAAUGGAAUUGCUGAUCAAAAGGAGAAGUAUACGGUGGGGGAGUUGCUGAUGGAUCUGGAAGGGUGCAAUGCAAGAAGGGUGCUAAUAUUCGUUGAUCAAAGUUACCCUGGGACUCUGGUGAAGAAACUGCUUUCUUCCAAGAAGCAUCCAAAUGUCAUCUUGAUCAGCAACAGCAGGGGGUCAGAGUUCACCUGGGCCUCCUGCUUCACUGAAUUUUGGGCAGAGCUUCAACCUGAUCAGUGUCUCAUCGAUUACCUCUUCAAGCAUGUUGCGUGGACUGCCCCCUCGACUCUUGGAGUAGUUGAGUCCACUUCUGGGCUCCUGAACAGCACCAUCUAUGGAGGACCCUGCUAUAACAACCCACCUCUGACUCCAGAAGAAGUGAAGCGGGAGUACAUGGGCUGUCAAAAUCUCCCCACUGCAGUGUGGUACCAGACAAUCCAGCAGAAGGAUCUCCUGCACUAACUACUCCAGCUCAUUUCAACAGACUUUUCUCUCAAUGGGACUGGGAACUUAUCAAAGUGCAGAUAUAAACCUUAAUAUCAACUUUUGCAAGAUUUUAACUCUGUUCUUGUUUUAACUACUUCCACUGGGAAGUAACCGCUGUCAGAGAUCAGAUUUACUUUAAAUGGAUUGACCAGCACUAGGCCUUGCUGUACAGAAGGAUGGUUAUUGAGGCCUCUUGCCCAUUCCCAACUUCCUUUGCUCCACUGCUGGCAGCCAUGCCUUCAAUUAUCUGCACCCUAAACUCUGGAAUUCCUUCUCUUAACCUCUCCACCUCUCUCUCCUCCUUUAAAACACGCCUUAAAACAUAACCCUUUAACCAAGCUUUUGGUCACCUGACCUAAUCUCUCAUUCUUUGGCUUUGUGCCCAUUUGUUUGCCUGAUUAUGCUCCAGUGAAAUGCCUGGCUAAGAACAAGACAUAGCUUUACAACUUACAUUUAUGCAAUGUUCAGCUUCAAAGAAGAAAAUCACACUAAGUUCCCCUGAUGAUAUCACUGCUAAGGCAGCACCCAGUGUUAGAACAAGGUCUCCAGUGCAGCGCUGAGUUAGCUGAUUGCAUGAGUAAAGAUGCUACACUUGGCCUCAGUGAGGGAGGGCAAAAACCGGUCAGGGAUCUUGACUGCUACCCAGCAUCUUCCACUGCAUACUGCACUGAGUGAGGGCAGAAUCAGCCUUAACUGUGAUGGCCUCUGCCAUUACUGUCUGUCGAGGUUUACACUCAGGCUCACCCAGUCACCAUAACAAAAACUUUUGAGAUCAGGGGGAAAAUACUGGGCAAGACGUAAAUAAGAGCCCUCUGGUCGACAUACAUUGACUUUCAUGAUAUCAGGAUGUCCUAAUGUGUUUCACAGCCAAUAAGAUGAUUUUUUGAAGUGUAGUUGCUGUUGCAAUAUUGAUCUGAGCGAUUCUAAAAUUAACUUGGUCUGAAAGAAAAUGCAAGCCAGAGCCUGGUGGGUCAUAGCCUUACUAUCACAUGCCCCCUCUUCUCCCACUGCCAGAUGUGUGGAUCUGCUCACUGCUGCCUGUUCCAUUGGAGAGUGACCACUCACUGCCUUUUGUGAUCAGCGUUCGAAGGGAUACGGAUUAAGUGAGAUUAUCCUGAUUGAUCCAGCAAUGAGUUAAGAAAGGAAAACUGACCAUGAUUCCCACUGUUGAAUCCUGGCUAACUUUUAUCCCUCAAAUAACACCUCAAAACAUUACCUCAUUACUAUUUGUAGAGUCUCCCGUGUGCAAAUUAGCGGCCAUAUUUCCUACAUUAGAACAGUGAAUACACUUCAAAAGUACUUCAUUGGCUGCAAAACCUUCUAAAAUAUUCUGAGGUUGUGAAAGGCGCUAUAUUUGUAGCUAUUGAUUAAAAACUCUUCAAACAUCUAGUAGCUGUGGGCACCUCUCCCAUCCACGAGCAACGUGUGCACUGACCUACUGCAUUCAACAGGUACGGUCAACUUCAAAGGCUAAAAUUCAGCAGUCCAUCCUUGCGGCUAUUGAGCUGCACUGGGAGGGAGUAUGAGUUGUAGAGUUUGGAUUACAGCGUCGGAACUUGGUCUCUGCCCCCCACCCCUCCCCGUGUGUUCCUUUUGUGGGUCACUGAAUUUACCUCUCAAUCCUGAGAAUUCAUGCUGAGGUGGUCCAGCCACACCCAGAAUACUGUGUACAGCUCUGGUCACUAAUGUUAUAACUGGGUGACCCAGGGCUUAGAGAUGGUGUAGAGGAACGUAACAAGAUUGACCCUUGGCGUUACAAAAAUGAUUUGUUAACAGGAUAAUGAAAGCAAAUCACGAUCAAUCCUUCCUGAUCCACCUUGGCACGAGGGCAUACUUCAGGGAAAAAAGGAAACCUCAUUCCAGCCUUAGUCCAAACAUGGACAAAAGAGCUGAACUCCAGAAAUGAGGUGAGAGUUACUGCCCUUGACAUUAAGGCUGCAUUUGAUAGAGCGUGACAUCAAGGAGCCCAAGCAAAACU